AUGUCCUCGCCCCCGUCUGCUCGCCCGUAUCGGUCCAAGCGCCAUCGGCCAUGCGAUCAAUGCCGGUCCCGAAAGCUGGGAUGCCAGACGGGUGAUGGCAUCCCUUGCCAGCGUUGCCGAACGGCCCGCAUAGACUGCACUUUCGACAAUCCGCCGCCGAAACGCGCGCGUCUCUCCGAACCGCUCUCAUUUGCCGUCCCCAGCAUGGAUGACAUGCCCGCCACCUCCCAGGACGGCGAAGGCACCUUUGCGCGAGAUGCCUCCCACUUCAAGAGCCCGUCCGGCAGUGUCGAGCCCCAGUUUACCUCGUUCGAGUUGGGCCCUGUGAGCGGCCCUUCGCCGGCGUCGGGCAUUCUGCUGCCCACGGGCAGUCGGCCGCCGACCCAAUUCGUACAAAGUAUUGACCGACUGGAACACGGCUAUGCGCAGCUGUUCGGCGCCUCUGCCGAGUCCGACCCGUGGCUACUCAGGCAUUGCCGCUUCGACGACUCGGGCAUGAAAUACUUUUACAAAGUCCAUUUCCGGAACGCCGGGGGCGUGCCGACUGCCCAACGGAUUCCAGUGCACUUUAUGAUCUCAUCCGGCGACCUCUCGGCCGGGGCGAAAGAAGAGACACGAGUCAGCACCGGCCAAGCCACGCGAGAGCACCUGGACUGCCUGGUUCCCCCGGAAUAUGGCCGACGACUGGUUGCACUCUUCGUCAAGUAUGUCUUUCCCGCGUUGCCGGUCAUCUCGCGUUCACAGCUGGGCCUGACCACGCCCUCAUAUCAGCUCCCGGAGCAGUCCGCACUGGCCAAGGUGCCCCUGCAUCUCCUCGCGGCCAUCUAUGCAUCUGCAUUCCCGUUCGUGGCCAAUGACGAUUAUUUAUGUGUGCUGAAUACAUAUCACGCGUCCCCAGUGCAAAGAUUGUGGCGGUUAGUAUAUGAGUUGGUGUGCGAAGAGAUUCACACACCGCGGCUGGCGGUGCUCCAGGCUGCGUUGUUGUACAUUCAUCAGCAGCCCACCGAUGAGGCCCGAUAUACGACGGCCGACACCCCCUUCAUCUGGUCCUUUGUGGGGCAAAUCGUCGGCCUUGCCUGUUCGCUCGGCGUCCAUAUCGAAUGCCGCAUGUGGGGGAUUCCCGCCUGGGAGAAGCGCCUACGCCGCCGACUGUGGUGGGCCGUCUAUGCCGAAGACAAAUGGCGCAGUCUGUUGAUGGGGCGGCCACCCUUUAUUCACCCAGCGGAAUGGGAUGUGAGUGAUUUGGAUGAGGGCGACUUCUUGAUUGGGCCGCGACAGGGAUUCUCGACGUCGUCCUGUGACACGGAAAUCCCCUUCCGAUACCUGGUCAACCUCGCCCGGAUUGCGGAAGAAAUCCACGAAACGUUCUACACACUUCGAGCCUCCCAAGUCCUCAAUGCGAAUUUUGACUCAUCCGCCGAACUAGGCCGAGGUCUGUUGGAGAAAUUAAACACAUGGUAUUCGACCCUUCCAGAAACAUUCCGUCUCCCCAACUGGAGCAAGUCAGUCCAUGGACAAGCACCGUAUCCGACUUCCAUCCACUUCGCUUACCUUCUCCUGGUCGUUUUCGUCUACCGGGCCAUGCUGCGUCCAAUGGCGCGGUCGUCGAGCCCGCCGAUGAUUUUCGACCUGGAAGAAAUGUCGGCCAACUCGCCGUUGCCGGUCGAUGACCCAGCGAUGGAUUUUGCCGACCUUUCCGGAAUUGAAUCGUUGCCUGAGAUGCCCAUGUCUGAUGUAAGUGGCACCAGCGAGCUUACUCUACAUGCCGCCGAAAAGUGCGCGACCAUUGUGGUAAACUUCACUCGAAGACUGACGCCCAGUGAUUUCACGGGAUUUUGGUAUUCCUGGUCCCGGAUCGGGUUCGCCACCGCCUCGAAUUUUCUAAUGCUCCUGCUCGUUCAAGCUCCAAACAGUGCCCAUGCCACGCGAGGGAAGUAUUUGGUAGAAUCGUGGCUGCAAGUGCUGCGAUGUCAGAGCCAAAGCUUCCCACUUGUCAAACUUGGACUAGCGCGCCUCGAUGCUCUGCACUGGGCCGGGCUCGAGGAUACCUUUGUUCUUCCCCUACACGUGCGGGAAGCCGCCACUAACUUCGAGGAAGACAGGCCCAUCCAUGGUGUAGCAUGA